AUGGACAACAACAUCCCGCGCAAUACACCUGCGCUGUUGGCGCGUAUCGAUCAACUCCGCAACAGCUUGUUCAACAGAUUCGAGAAACUACUCGAACAGGCAAAGAUUGAAAAGAAUGAUCGCAACAGUACAGCUCUGAGCCAGUAUCAGACGCAGAUUGAGACUGCUGCUCUGAUACGCACGAGCGAGGACAUCUUGACCCUCACACGCCAAAUGCAGGAGCUAUGGCUAUUCGGUCAGCUCAAGACGCUGGACAAGAAUGACAUUCAAGCACGUAUCGAUGGAGAUGCCAAAGAGGUUGCCGAAAUGCUUGCUGUGCUUGUUGGUGGAGAUCAAGAAGAGAGCGCUAUGAAAGUGGAGGGUUAA